UCUUUCAGUCCACUUGCAGCUGAUGGGGGUGGGUCUCCAUGAGUCACAGUCAGUUCUCAGCCUCGACGCGGCAUGACGGACUUGCUUGCCUUGUCUACCGGUGACGGAACGGGAUGUCAGUUGACGCAGGGUUCACCUGCAUCCGGUUCGACGGAGCAGACAGGGUCCGGCGUCUCUGCUCCUGGUCAUGAGAGUACACGAUCUGAAGGUCGUCCAUCUGUUCUGGUUGAGCUAAUCCGUGAUAACGAAUUUGGGGACGUCGAAGCCGUGGACGGCGGAUUGCCUGCAGAGCAUGUCACCGCAGUAAUUGCAGGUGGGACAGCACAAGCUGCUGCCCGUUCACACGAUCAUGAACUCCAAGCACCGCCAUGCAGUCCGACGACUGGGGGUGAUGCCGCAGUUGCAGCUGAAGUCCUAGCACCUGAAUGCAGUCCGCAGAGCAUGGGUGAAAGUGGGGGAACCUCCACACUUGCUCCGUUGGCAAGAGGUGGUGUUAGGAGUGGGCAUGAAGCGGGGAGAGGGCAACGUGGCCGCGGACAACCUGGCCGUGGACGUGCAGACAUUAGUGUCGGGGCAGGAGAAGGUGGUGACGAUCGUGUGGGUUCAGGAACGUCGUCACAGCCGCAGGACAACGGGACGAACACUGCAGGUCUGUCUCUUGGUGCAAGGUCCACUGCAGUCCAGGGUAACAUGGCCGCGAAGCGUCGAAGGGGUGGCUCUAAUGCAAGGGAACAGGCCAUGGGUGCUAUUUGCGGAGCAAUGCGCGAGCACACCACUGCGUAGGUCAGGUCAGAUAAGGAGCACCAUGUGAUCAUGCGUGAAAUCUGCGACUAGCAGAUUGCCGCACAAGAAAGAAUUGCCAAAAUGACGUGCGAGGCGAUGGAGAAGGACACGGCAGCUCGGGAUGGCGGAGGUGAGCGUAUGGCUACUGAAAUCCGUGCAGGGUACUCUGUGCUCGCUGAUGCUAUCAAGAGUCUGGCAAACCGCAACGCAACUCAAUAGGGGGGGUUGCCAGCAUUGAAAAGAAACCUUCUCAGAUACUUCAUAGUAGCAAGUGCAACUAUAGGUCGGUUCAGGUAGCGCAGAAAAGUUUGGCUUUUUUGCCUUCGUCUUCGCCGUCCUUUUUGUAUAUCUGAAGGACGUUAGUUACAGACAUGUUUGACCAUCGGUUUAGUGUCACCAUC